AAAAUAAAAUUAGGCUUAGCUAUUUGUAGGAGUUGGUUGGUUUGAGCUUCAAUGGCUGUUGUUGUUGUUCAUCUUCUACAAAGCCCAUCUCUUCCAUCACCAUUUCCCUCCAUAAUCCCAUUCAUCUCCCCUUUUCCCUUUAACCAUUCUCAUCUUCUCUUGUUCUCUGGAGGAAGAGAACAGCAGAAUAAAAAUGGAGCUCAUCAAUAAUAGUAUCCAUAAUGUCUUCCUCCUCCUCGCUUUCUCUUCUGUUUUCUCCUUUGCCGUUGCCGUUUGUGUCCCUCGCAACACCUCCGACAUUGGAUCCACUGCCAUUCCUCCACUUUUUGAACAAACCGUUUCCCCUCAAGUUGCCCCUCAAGUUGCCCCUCAGUCACCGCCUGCCGUUACCGUUUCGGAGGAACCAGAGGCAGCCUCACCAGAAACAUCGCCUUCUCAACCUUCCUCAGCUUCCGAAUCUGAAGAAGCAGCUUCCGAAUCUGAAGAAGCAGCUUCCGAAACUGAAGAAGACGACUUAGGACUACUUGGUGGAGGUUUGGACCAAUUGCAUUCGGCUGAUUUGAUAUCGUCGGUAACAUCGAGUGUGACGACGAGUCUGGUGGACAUUUGCGAUGUGACGAGCAAUCCUCAACUAUGUAAAACUUCGAUUUCAUCUCACAUCGAGGGAACGAAGGUGGAUCCAGCUUCAGCACUGAAAACAGAGAUUGAUGAAUCGAUUAAAGAGGUAGCGAAAGCAAUUGCAACAUUGAAUUCACUUCGUAAAGAUUCAGCAGCAUCAGAGACAGAAAUCGCUUGCUACGAUACUUGCCUGGAGAAUUUCGAAAUGGCUAUUGAUGAUCUAAAAGCUGGAGUGGAAUCGAUAAAUGCACGCGAUGCUGGUAGAAUGGAGAGUGUUCUAACGGCUGUAAUGACAGACCUGACGACUUGCGAUGAUACUUUUGCAGAGAUGGGAGUGGAUUCUCCAUUGGAUAGUCUUAGCACGAAGAUGAGCAAAUACGCCAGUAACUGCUUGGCCAUUUCGAAAUUGCUUCUGUAAAAACUGACUGAACCAGAGGCGAGUUGGAGAAGAUGACUAUUCCAUUGAUGGAUGAUUAUAUAUGUCAAUUCUUAUUCUUAUUAUUGUUCUUCGUCUUCUUCAACUCAUCAGAGUGUUCAUAUGGAGAAGACUGAUCGAAAAUACUCUCCGAUGAACAAAUUUUGUAAAGUGUUUUCGAUGGCAAAUUGGCAAUGACAGUAUUUUAUGACCAAAAAAAAUAAUAUCUUAAUUUAUUAUUCUUGUUUCA